UAAUUGGCACAUCGUGUUGGUAAUGUGAGCGAGGUGAUAUUUUACCGCGAUGAGGAAUUUAAUCGCCCCAGACUUCUAGUAAAAUGAAUACACUUAUUGUUUUCAAUUUAUGCCUUGGUAUAUAUUUCAUAACUGAGUGUGGUAAAUUCGCAACUGGAGAUGAUUCUCUGCCACCGAGGCAAUUCCAGUACUUAAAGAUGGAUUAUCUGCAUCGCGGUAGCUUCAACAAUACCGACUGCUUGCGAGAACUGCUCAACUGUUGGGAGGUCGUUAAACCUGACAUCAUCUGCUCGAAAGGAGUUAUCUUCGAGUCCGUGUGCGGCAUCAUGAAGCGAGAUUGCACCGAGAAACAUGGCCUCGUUAACCAGCAGGAGGGACCUCUGUUCGAAUCAUUCUGUAGGACGUGGAAAUACGACAGCCGGACGUAGGAGUGCUGGGGUUCACACGGGGCUCCGUUACCGGCCGCGACAAGGGAUUAUUAAAAUUAAGUUUUAUAAUAUA